CUAUUCUCUGCUCUGUGUUGUUGACGUUUGUCCGACCAAAAUUUCAAUAUUUUUCUUAUUUCUUCUCGUUUUGGUUGUUUAAUUAAGCUAUUGGAUGUUAAAAUUACCUCAUAAGCUUAUUUCCUCAAUCCCGUACUUUGUAUCGCCGAAUAUAAUUACCGGUUCCAGUUUCCAACUCACAUUGAGGAAUAUGUCAACGAAAGCAUUAGCUGAUGUGCCUAAGGUGGACAUAGAUCCCACUGGAAUAUUUAAAUACAUAUUAAUAAAUGUAUAUGACAAAGAGAAAAAUGGUGAAGAACCAACUAUAACUAUUGUGAGAGGAUAUCAGAGGUGUGAAUACCAUUCUGAUAUUUUUGAUGAGGUACAGGCCAAGCUGAACCCACUAUACUGUGAAUGUCUCGGUGGAGGCAGAAUGUCUCAUGAUCCUGAAAACAAGAAGCUCCAUAUCUAUGGCUACUCUCAGGGUUACGGGAAAGCUGACCAUGAAAUCACAGCUAAAAUAGUCAAAGAAGCCUUCCCAGCUUACACUAUUUCUAUUAGCGAUGAAGGAUAUUAAGUUGUGAAUAUUAGGUAGCUUUUAUUAAUUAAGGUAUAAUUUUUUACUCAUUGGUGUAAUCUAAUAUACUGGAAAGUUAGCAAGCAUGAUGAAAAAAUAAUUUAUUAAAUUCUUAAAUAAUUA